AUGUAUCAGUUGCUGGAACUUAGUAUUGGGAUCUUACUGCUUUUGACAAGAGUUUGCGCACAAGAAUCUGUUUCAAUUCAGGAGCAUUUGAUAGACCAGUAUAGCACGUUUAUUCAGACUUUGCAACAGUCGCUGGGAAAAGUGAGUUGGAUUGAUAGAAAUUGGAACCUUUUUGUGGUCGGAGUUGUUACUAUUGGAAUUGUAGUAGUUAGCACCGGACCUUUUGUUAAGAACAGAUCGAAAGAAAGUUACAUUUACAGGAUAAUGACUGGAUUUGGCGAGAAAUUCAACAUGGCAAUUAGCAGGUCGUCAUCUGCUUUCGGGUUUGGUGGACCUUCUCUAUCUAGCAGUGAUCCAUCUUUGCGAGAAAGCUACCAGCGGGCCUUAAGUUUAGGCGGCUCCGUCGGAGGACUUGCUAACGAUGGCAACACUUGCUUUAUGAACAGUGUUUUACAGAGUCUGGCGUCUUCGAAUGAGAUUAUGGAUUUCCUUGGAAAAUUCACCAACGAUGAGAACAACGCUCUUAGUGGGAAAUACGCUUUCUCUGCUGCAUUACAUGACCUUUUGGAAAAACUGAAUGCAAAGCAUGGUAACAAAUCCCCAACUUACAAAACUAGAAAUUUGCUCAAGGUUAUGAAAGACGGACCAAGUAAGCAUUUAUUCCUUGGAUACAACCAAGAAGAUGCUCAAGAGUUCUACCAAUCUGUGAUGAACCAGGUUGAAAAGGAGUAUCUUGGUCCUUCUCAAAAUGAGAAAAAUAAAGGCGAGCUACAAGACAAGUUUGUCGAUUUCAAGGAAGGAAUGUUAACAGGACUGCAUAAUUUGGGUGAUCUUGGGACCAUCUACCUACCUGCUAAACAAAUUGAUCCGUCUUAUCCCGAUUCUGACUCAAAAGUGUAUCCUAUGAAGCUCAUUACUCCUGUCGAUGGACUUCAAUGUGAACGUAUAGGUUGCACAAGGUGUGGAGAGAUGGGCGGAAUCAGAUACUCGGUGAUUAGUGGUCUUGGACUGAACCUUUCAUCUCCUACUCAGUCGACCUAUACUUUGCAAGAACUGCUAGAUGGCUGGACUGAGCAGGAGGUGAUUGAUGGAGUCGAGUGUAACAGAUGUGGUUUGCAAGAAAUCAACUCGGCUUUAAACGAGUCGUUAAAAAAAUACAAAGAACAAGGACCAAAAAUGGAGAAACUCAUUGAAUUGACCACUCAACGGAUUCAGGAAAUCGACGUUGAGCUGGCCAAGCCAAUCAUCAAUGAUGCAGUCUACAAAAAGCUGCACACAAAAAAUAGAAUACAAAAGUCACAAAAGACCAAGCAGAUCUUCUUUGCUAGACCUCCUCCUGUGCUUUGUAUUCACAUAAGUCGUUCAGUGUUCGAUCCGAGAACGUAUACUGUGCGCAAGAAUAAUGCUAAGAUUACAUUCCCUAUGAAGCUUGAUUUGACUGAUUACGUUGCAGAACCGGACAACAUCAACAUGGAUGCACGUCUAGCGUUCCGUAAAUGUGAUGAAGGGAAAGAAAUUACAGACAAGAAGGAAGAAACUGAAAUACCAGAGGUACUUGAAAAGUUAGAGCCAGUGCCUCAGGCAACAGAUGGCUCCAAUAAAUUGGAACAAGAAAAGGAGUCCACUCCGUCUGGUUUGAUGUAUUCACUCAAGUCUGUGAUUUCUCAUUUUGGUACACACAAUUAUGGACAUUAUAUUGCAUACAGAAAAUACAGGGGUGUUUGGUGGAGAAUUAGCGACGAGAUUGUCCGCAUUUCAUCCGAAGCUGAAGUGCUUGCUUCCCAAGGAACAUACAUGUUGUUUUAUGAGCUCAGCUCUAGAAAUGACCCAAGAGAUUCUAUUAAGCCGGAUCACGUUGAGGUGGUGGCUCCUCAAGAUAUUGAAGAGCCAAUACAAGCAGAUGCCAGGACUGACUCGGAAAAUGAAUACGAGAGCAACAACUCUCUUGCUGAUGAAUUGCAUGUUAAUACGGAAGAUGAUUUGCGCCAGAACGAGAUGAUUGCGAUCCAAGCAAACCUGUAA